CUCAAGAAGGGAUUCCGAGUUAAAAGACAGGGUUGGGGCCGGAAACUGGCGACGUAGGUGGGGUUUAAGGCUCGUUGCGCCUGCGCACAAAGCGACCGGCGGGAUUCGUAGUUACUUUUGAACCGGGUGGCGGGGAAUAGCUAGAGGAGCCAUUAGGGCGCCAUCUACGGAGGGGUUGACAGUGUUCUCCGUUCGAUCUAGUGAUGGCACAGCAGCUCGCCCGGGACCAAGGCAUCACCCUGCGUGGGAGCGCAGAAAUCGUGGCCGAGUUUUUUUCAUUUGGCAUCAACAGCAUUUUGUAUCAGCGUGGCAUUUAUCCGUCGGAAACCUUUACUCGAGUGCAGAAAUAUGGACUCACCUUGCUUGUAACUACUGACCCCGAGCUCAUAAAGUAUCUCAAUAAUGUGGUAGAGCAGCUAAAAGAGUGGUUGUACAAGUGCUCCGUUCAGAAACUGGUAGUGGUCAUCUCGAAUAUUGAAAGUGGCGAGGUCCUUGAAAGAUGGCAGUUUGAUAUUGAGUGUGACAAAACGGCCAAAGAAGAAGGUGUUCGUAGAGAAAAGUCCCAGAAAGCCAUACAGGAUGAAAUCCGUUCAGUGAUCAGACAGAUUACAGCUACUGUAACAUUUCUGCCACUGUUGGAGGUUUCUUGUUCGUUUGAUCUGCUGAUUUAUACUGACAAAGAUUUGGUGGUACCUGAAAAGUGGGAAGAAUCGGGACCCCAGUUUAUUACCAAUUCUGAAGAAGUCCGUCUACGCUCAUUCACUACCACAAUCCACAAAGUGAACAGUAUGGUGGCCUACAAAACACCUGUCAGUGACUGAAGAGACGAUGAAGAAAACCAAGAUGUGAUGUUGUUCGAUGUGUCUUAUUGCUCCAUUUCUUGGGUUCCUCCUGGACUUGCCAGAGUCCAGUAGAUUUUGUUAGCAUUGUGGAAUGAAUUCCUUUAAUAAUGGUCAUUGUAGACAGAGAAACUUGUGUUAAAAUGCUAAAUUUCCCUAAUGAUUUAGCUUGACCAGGAUAGAAAGAAGCAUCUAAAUGUAAAUACAGCAGAAGGUAUCAAAGCUUUUUAGUUCUGAGAGUCAGUCGUGAAUGCUGCCUAUCUGGAUCCAUGGAGAGAGGCAGAGAAGACAGCUUUACUAUUGAAAGUUCUAUACUUUACUCUCAUUCCCAAUUUAGGUUCAUUUGAUCUGCUGGUUUACACUGACAAAGUUUGGUUGUACUUGAAAAGUGGGAAGAAUCGGGACUCCAGUUUAUUACCAAUUCUGAAGAAGUCUGUCUGCGCUCAUUUACGACCACCAUCCACAAAGUGAGUAGUAUGGUGGCCUACAAAACCCAUCAAUGACUGAAGAAACGGUGCACAAACCAUCCCUCACCACAGAAUACCUUCUGCUGUGUUUAUAUUUAGAUGCUUCUUUGUAUCUUGGUUAAGAUUCUUCCAAGCUAAAUCAUUAGGCGAAGUAUUUAACUUUUUAACAGAAGUUUUUCCAUCUACAAUGACCAUUUUUAAAGGAAUUCAUUCCACAAUGAAUCUGUUAGUUCCCCUUAAUAAUGGACAGCACUCUUGUUGACUCUAUGGUAAGUCCAGAAGGAACCCAAGAAAUACAACAAUAAGACACAUUUCUGUCUAUAUAGACCCUGUGUUAAAAUAAAUGGUAAUUAUUUGAUUUUGGUGUAUAUAUCUUGAACUCACAAAGCAGUUGAUACUGUUUAAUUUCUGUAAUAAAGAACUCUUAUUUUAAUGUUUUAUAAAAAUCAAGCUUUAAAUGACAGUGAUACAAAAAAUUAACCCUUUGUGUUUAAAAUUUGUGUUACAGUAUCUUUGAUAUUUAAUUUGGUAUUAAUACAAUCAAAUACUUCAAUGGAUUGAGUGCAUGGAUUGUGUUCCUUUUGAUUAUGUGAUGGGGGGUGGUUUGUGCACUGUAAACUCGGGUGCUGAUUGCUGUGCCCAGAGAACUGGUUGCAAUCUGAAAGUCAGCAGUUGCAGUCUUGAUGCUGCUAUUGUCAUGAUAGUAGAUGAGGCCAGCUCAGUUAUAGCGCAAGAAGCUUGUAAUAAAGAUACCAUGUCUCUGUAUCAUUUAUUUGGGAACAAACGUGGUGUAGAAAAGCCUCCAAAAUUACUUUUACGUUUGGCAGCACUUUAUUAACCAGUCAGAAGUGAUACACCAUGACACUGCCGACUUCCAGACUGCAACCAGAUCUGGGCACAGCAAUCAGCAUCUGAAUACAGAGUCCACAAAACCAUCCCUAACAACUGUGUACUACCUUCUUCACAACAGUGCAGCUAAUGUGAAAAGGCAAAUGUCCUUUGAAAUUCAGAUAUUAUCGUGUUACCCUCAUGUUUCUUAUGACUUGAGCACCAAGCAGUCCUUUGCUUCAUUGCUAUUCUUAAUAGAUAUAUUGGUUCUAAUUUUCCAACACUUAAUUUUUUUUCCAGAAAAAUGACAGCUUUGUUUAUAAUAAUUUUGAGGUUCUAUAAUAUCUGUAAAUCACAUUCUUAUAAGUUGAUCAUAUACCUGAAAACAUUUCAUACCUCUUAGAGAUUUUAUACUAUUUAAAUACAUAUUUUAAAGUCAA